UCCGAUUGUCUAGAGUAAGCCCAAUGGAGAAGACAAAACCCAAACAUCAUCACUUCAUGUUUUGUCCGAGGGAAAGCCAAUUUCCGUGUUCUUCCUCAUCAUCCCUGGAAAACGUAGGAACCCUAAUCUUCUGUGAGUUUCUUUAAGCGAGACGAUGUCAGGGAGGGAAGUUAAAGAAUACACAAAUCUCUCCGACCCUAAAGAUAGGAAACUAGGGAAGGGGGGUAAGAUAGAUGAUGAAGAUGUCACCUUUCAACGGAUGGUUGCAAAGAUGCAAGAUGUUGCUGGUGAGCGUGGAGGCUAUCUUCAUGGAAGAGGCGCUUUGGACAGCGACGAUUUACUUUAUUUGAAAGAGCAGAUGGAGGCAGAGCAGGAUGCAGAGCGCCUUCUGAGACGAACUGAGAAGAGGGCUUUUGCUGCCUUUAAAAAAGCUGCAACCCAAGCUGAUUCAUCUCCAGCAUCUGUUCCUUUACCACUUCGUGUUGAGCCCAAACCAAAGAGUGGUAUCAGGCAGCAAGAUUUGCUGAGAAAGGUUGUUGAGGUUAAACCAAAGCGACCAAAGGUCUCUACGACCUCAAGUGCAGAAAGAAGCGAUAUAGGGCCAACAGAAGCAAAGGUUCAAAGAGAUAAGCAGAAAGAAGAAGCUAAUGCUGUGUCAAAGAAACUGGACAGACCUGAGGAGGAGCAACCCAGAGGGAAAGCAGCAGAAAGCAAUGUGCAAGGUCAAAAUGCUUUGAAAGGCUUGCUGGGAUUAGCAUAUGAGUCUUCAGAUGAAGAAGACUGAGAGGAGUGAUGAACACUAAACAGGGUUCUUUCUCCAUUUAGUCUCGCCGCGUUUUGUUUUUGCCGUCUCCAAUAUUUAUGUUGAAAGCUUAUAAGAGUUUAGCUUUAAUGUUCAAGACAGCCCGUGGAGCCCUGCACUUGUUGUAAUUUGUUGAGAUCAAACGGGUUUGUUGGAGUUUGAAAUAGAGAAUUGUUUCCGAAACCA